AUGGAAAACCCGAAUCGUAUAGCCAUCAACUUUAAACGGUCGCGGCAGGGCUCCAUCGAGUCGCCGGAACGCGCCGAGGAGGCUGCUCAGACGGACGACCCGAAGGAUGAGACAAUCGAACGGACUCCCGAGGACAACUUCGAGACCUACGUCUAUGAGUUCGAGCGCAUGUUAUCAUGGGCGAUCAGCAGCCUCAACCGCUCGCGGGAUGAGCUGCUGGAUGUGUGCUUCGCGGCGUACCUCGAGAUAUACGUGAAGCUCUUCCGCACGUCGGCGGAAAGAGGUCGCAACUUCCUCAAGAUGUUCGCGUUCGUGUUCGAGGCGAAGUUCGGCCACUUCAUCGAGCAGCUGCUGGAAUUCGUGUUCCCCGACCAGCUGGCCAGCUCGCCGCUGGUCCGGCAGCGCGUCUUCCUGGAGAAGAAGCACUACUUGAUUCUCUCGAAAAGGGCCCGGAGAGUCAUUAUCGGCUGGUUGAACAACCAUGAGGGGUCCCUCCUGGACGAGGUCAUCAAGGAGAGCGUGGAGUUCCUCGACGGGGAGACGUUCAACCACAGCCAGGGUCACCUGUUCAGGAGGCACUUUAUCGCAAAACACGGGAUCGAUCCCACCACGGCGCACAAGUUCAAGCGACCGUUCCACGGGCUGUACAUCAGGGACCUCGACAACGAGUUCAGGUUGCACCAGUCCAAAAGCACAGAGCUGCUGGUCAAACCUGAGCUCCCGUAUCUGCCGUUGGGGCUCCCCGGCGAGCUGCUCGCCGAGGAGGUGCAGUUGGAGUACGGCAGGAAGAUUAUGGACACCAUCACUGGUGAGCGCGCCAUCAUGGAGGACCCCAAUAAGCUGGUGCCGCUCCCCAAGCAGGGCACCGACUACCACCUGUCGCUGCGGGGACUCUUGCACUGCCAGAGGGAGUGCAGGGUGCCCGAAGGAAGGUCCAUGCUGCUCAGCUACACGUUCCAGAACGUGCUCAGGAGCACCAGCUGCACCAUUUCCUCUUUCGACGGCAGGUUCGCCGCACUGGGUCUGGAUGACGGCGGGAUACUGCUGUGGGACCUGGUUACUUCGGAGUGCUCUAAUGCCGUAAAGGACGUGGCGCCAGUUUUGGGCGAGAGCAUCGCCGCGCGUUGCGUUUCGAAGUGCGCCGGCAACAGCAUUGUGGCCCGGAUGAUGCACAGCAAGAGCGCGCCCGCCGACGGCGCCCAGCAGAAGGAUGGUGCCGGUUCCGGCGAGGGCAUUUUGUACGGGCAUGAUGGUUCGGUGCAGAGCCUUAAGUUUGGCGAAUCUGGCCAGGUGUUGCUUUCCGGCGGAGUGGAUGGUGAGUUGCGACUGUGGGUCCUGGGCUCCAGAUCUACUCGGUGCGUUUACCGCGGUGGGGAUACCCCUGUCAUGGAGAUAGACUACGCUCCAUACGGGUAUUACUUCGCGUCGUGUGAGGCGGAUGGUGCCGCCAGGCUGUGGGCCACCGACCGUAGCUUCCCGCUCCGGCUGCUGCGAACUGCACAGGCCGACUGCCUGGGUCUCAAAUUCCACCCCAACUCGUCGGUGCUGGUCACGUCGUGCUCCGACGGCAACAUCCGGUUCUGGGACCUGCGCUCGUCGGGAUGCGAGAUGGUCAUGGAGGCCGCCCCCUCCGGGUUCACUUACAACCACGCCUACGGCAACACAAUCGCAUUCGCCAAAAACGGGCGUCUCUUCGCUUCCGCCAACGGCCCGCACGUAUCGGUGUUCGACCUCUACCAGAAGAAACGGAUGCAGCUGUUACUGGGACACAAAGAUCCGGUCCUCUCCAUGGACUUCAACCACGGCACCUCGGAGCUUGCCGUCUCGGACGGCAGCGUGAUCUCGCUCUGGAAUCUCAAGGGUAAGUCGCAAUUUUGCACGCCUCAUAGUGUGUCAGGAACGCGUGAAUGGCCCACAGAGAUUGUAGAUACGGGUCGGCGGGACCCGUUCACAAAGAGCAUGGAACGGUUAUCUCAGUUCAACGACACCGGCGCCAUCAGGCUCACCAGCGCGUUCCGGUCCACCGACUCGCAGAUCAGGGAGCUCGCAUACACGCCAGAAAACGUGCUGCUCACGCUCGGCAUAUCGUCAUUGCGCGAUGUCGACAUGUGA